AUGGCAGUAGAUUACUCCGUCUACCUCGUCACCGACUCCACGCCCGCCAUCCUGGGGGAUAAAGACCUCAUCAGCGUAGUCGAGGCCUCGCUCCGAGGCGGCGUCACCGUCGUCCAGUAUCGCGACAAGCACAGCGCCAGAGAGGACGUCGUCGCCGUCGCCAAGAAGCUGCACCAGCUGACCAAGGGCUAUGGAGUGCCGCUCCUGAUCAACGAUCGCGUCGACGUCGCCGUCGAGAUUGGCUGUGAGGGCGUGCACAUUGGGCAGGAUGAUAUGGGUGACAAAAAAGACACCAAAUCCAUCAUUGGGCCGUCCGGUGUCGCGGACAUCCUGGCCGCCCUCGACGCGGCAGGCCACUCGUCCACGCCCGCCGUCUGCAUCGGCGGCGUCAACGCCUCCAACGCAUCCGCCGUGCUCGCGGGCUCUGCCUCGCCGCGCAAGGCCCUCGAUGGCAUCGCCGUCGUGAGCGCCAUUAUCGCCGCCGACGACCCGGCCGCCGCGUCGAGAGACCUGCUGGGCAAAGUCAUCACCGCCAAGAUCCCCAACGUCGUUGCCGCCGUGGCGAGGAAAACGCCCCUGUCGCACAACAUGACGAACCUGGCAUGUCCUCCCACCCCCUCCCCCCUUUCUAAGCCUCGUGGGAGAGCAGAAACGGACCUAACCAAUGCCACUCCCAUCAUGUCCAACUACGCAGAAGAAGCCGCCGACUUGGCCAAGCUCGGCGGCGCGCUGGUCCUCAACAUGGGCACCGUGACGCCAGAGGGCUUGAAGAACUACGCCCAGGCAUUGGAAGCGUACAACGAGGCCGGCCGGCCCGUUGUCCUCGACCCGGUUGGAAACCUCGCGGCUUCUAACGCCUCACAUGCCUCCAGCGCCGGAGCAACCUCUGUCCGCCGCGAGGCCGUGAAAACGCUCCUCGCAUCGGGUACCUUCGCCGUCAUAAAGGGCAACCAAUCCGAGAUCCAGACCGUGCACGGCGCCGGCGUGACCCAGCGCGGCGUCGACUCCUCCUCGUCGCUCACUGUUCCACAGCGCGCCCAGCUCGUCCGCUCGCUCGCCCGUCGACGGCGCUGCGUCGUCCUCCUCACUGGCCCGACGGACCUGAUUAGCGACGGGAGGCGCACACUGCGCGUCGACAACGGCCACGGGUACCUGGGCAUGAUUACGGGCACGGGAUGCACUCUCGGCACCACGGUCAGUGCCAUGGCCGCCGCAUAUGAGGAAGACGCCCUGGUGGCGACUGUUGCGGGAACCGUCAUGUUUGGCGUGGCCGCCGAGAUGGCCGCCCAGAGAGAGGAUGUCAGGGGGCCAGGGUCGUUUGUGCCUGCGUUUUUGGAUGAGUUGUUUGGCAUCAGAAAGGCGACGAUGGAAGGGGACUCGAAAUGGCUUGCUCUGGCCAAGGUCGCGGCUGUUGAUGUCGCCGACGACGAAUGA